GUGGGCCUCGUGCCCUAUCCUAAAAUAUAUGUCUCCAAGAUGCUAAUAUCAUCUCUCUCGAGUCAAUUCACAUCGGGUCAAACCCAAGUUUCACUGCUGCUUUGUUGGAUUGAUUCACUCACUCACUCCACUCCACCCGGUUGGUUUGUUGGUUAGGGUUUGUAAGCCCUGGAGGGCAGGUUGUUUGAGCGAUGUGGUGAGGGGGAUGGCGCUCAAGGCUGCUGAAGCUGCUGAGGCCGCGAUUGCAUCAAUUGGGCGUGGAUAUGAUGUAUCCAUUGAUCUAAGGCUCAAGUACUGCAAAGGGGACUCUCGAUUGAUUGAAAUUGACGACGACGACGACGGGGGUCGCCAGGUUCUUCUUCCAGGUGGAAUUACGAUCCCCAACGUUUCCAAAUCCAUCAAAUGCGAUAAAGGAGAGCGCACGCGUUUCAGGUCCGAUGUUCUCUCUUUCCAACAGAUGUCAGAGCAGUUCAACCAGCAAGUUUCUUCGACCGGAAAAAUACCCUCGGGUCUCUUCAAUUCUAUGUUUGAAUUCUCAGGUUGUUGGCAGAAAGAUGCAGCCAACACUAAGACCCUUGCUUUCGACGGGGUCUUCAUCACGCUCUAUACUGUUGCUCUCGAAAAGUCUCAGAUGGUACUACGUGAUGAUGUUAAAAAAGCAGUCCCAUCACAUUGGGAACCUGCCGCAUUAGCAAGGUUUAUAGACACAUUUGGAACGCAUAUAGUUGUUGGUGUGAAGAUGGGAGGUAAAGAUGUCAUCUAUAUGAAGCAGCAGCAUUCUUCAACUCUUCAACCAGCUGAUAUACAGAGAAGAUUGAAGGACAUGGCAGAUAAAAGAUUUUUAGAUGCCAAUGGACAGUACGGCAUACCGUCUGAACAAGCUUACAAGAAUGACAAGUUUGAAAUCAGGGAGCAGCGGUUGCGGUUUGCAGAUACUAGUCCAUCAAGUUCUUAUUCACACAAGGAAGAUAUUGUAAGCAUUCGCAAAAGGAGAGGUGGAAGUGAUAUUAAGAACCUAUCCCAUAAUGAAUGGUUACAAAGUGUUCAACAUGAACCUGAUGUGAUCACAAUGUCAUUUAUGCCAAUUACCUCUCUGCUAAAUGGAGUCCCAGGGAGUGGAUUCUUGAGCCACGCAAUAAAUCUUUAUUUAAGAUAUAAACCACCAAUUGAAGAGCUCCAUCAGUUUUUGGAAUUUCAGCUGCCAAGGCAGUGGGCUCCGGUUUUCAGUGACCUUCCUCUUGGUCCACAAAGGAAGCAUCAAAGCAAUACAUCUCUUCAGUUUAGCUUAAUGGGGCCCAAGCUUUAUGUCAAUACUAGUCUGGUUGAUGUAGGAAAGAGGCCAGUGACUGGUCUGCGGCUGUAUCUAGAAGGCAAAAGAAGCAACCGGUUGGCCAUCCACUUACAACACCUCUCCUCUCUUCCGAAAAUCUUCCAACUCGAAGAUGAUCCAAAUGGAAAUUUCCGUCGUGAUUCUUAUGAUCGUAAAUACUAUGAGAAAGUCCGAUGGAAGAACUUCUCUCAUGUAUGCACUGCUCCUGUGGAGUCGGAUGAGGAUCUUUCAAUAGUAACUGGGGCACAGUUGCAGGUUGAGAAUUAUGGGAUAAAGAAUAUUCUCUUCUUGAGACUCCGCUUCUCUACCGUUUCCGGAGCUACAAUUGUAAAGCAUCCCGAAUGGGAUGGGUCACCAGGGUUGGCCCAUAAGUCAGGACUCAUAUCAACACUAAUCAGUCAUCACUUUACAGCAGUUCAAAAGCCACCUCCACGACCAGCAGAUGUCAACAUAAACUCGGCUGUCUACCCCGGGGGUCCUCCAGUUCCCAUCCAAGCGCCAAAGCUCAGGAAAUUUGUGGAUACAGCAGAAAUGACAAGGGGGCCACAGGAAACUCCAGGUUAUUGGGUUGUAUCUGGGGCAAGACUAGUUGUCGAAAAGGGCAGGAUAUCCCUCCGUGUGAAGUAUUCUUUAUUGACUGUAAUAUUACCUGAUGAAGAAGAGUUGGAGGAACAUUAGCUGAUAAGAAAAAGAAAAUUAAAAUGAUAUAGUUGUCAAGGACGGGCCGUUAUUAGGAAUUGAUGGGGUUUCGAAGGUUGUUGUAUUACUGUAUAUUUAAUUUAUCUCUUAUGUGAUGAAGUGGAGAUUUUGUACCUGGACAAGUUCACAGCAUGUGGCAUAAAGCUUGGGCACAUUCGGCUUUUGUGGCAUUCUCAGCUGAGCACACCUGGGAUGCGAGUGUUCUAGGCUUUGUUAUGAUGUCUACUCCAGCAUGAAUUUUCCCGAAUAGAAAUGUGACUGCUUCCUUCUAGAGAUGAAAAUGUGAUUAUGUCGAAUGAAAGUCCAUUAUAAUUUAAGAUUCUAAAUCCAUUAGUCCUUUCUCCAUAUUCAUGUUGCAACC